AUGGCGUCUGUAAUUGCACUGUCCCUGCUCCUACCCGCUGCUUUUGCAGCGGACCACUCACCGCUCCGUGCCCGCCUGCAGGAUGGUCUCGCCCGAACACCACAGAUGGGUUGGAAUACCUACAACCACUACAACUGCUACCCCGACGAAGAGAUCUUCCGCUCGAACGCCAAGGCACUGGUCGACUUUGGUCUGGCUGACCUGGGCUACCGCUACGCUACGAUCGACUGCGGAUGGACUCUGACUGAGCGGUUGGCUAAUGGGUCGCUCACAUGGAAUGCGACGCGGUUUCCCAGCGGCUUUCCCGCAAUUGCAGACUAUCUCCACGAUCUGGGACUGUUAUUCGGUGUCUAUGGCGACGCUGGGAUCAAGCUCUGUGGUCCGUCGGACGAGGUGGGCAAUUUAGACGACAACUGCUUCUCCGAAGCCUCCCUAGGCUACCCCAACGUCGAGUACGCCCCCAGCUCGCCGCUCAAGCCACGCUACGAGGUCAUGUCCAACGCACUACAAAAGCUCGACCGACCGAUCCUCUUCCAAAUUUGCGAAUGGGGCAUCGACUUCCCCGCGCUCUGGGCCCCAGCCCUCGGCCACUCAUGGCGGAUAGGCAACGACAUCAUCCCCGCCUGGCGCAGUGUCUUCCGCACGCUCAACCAGGCCGUCCCGCAGACAGACUUUGCCGGGCCAGGCCAGUGGCCGGACCUCGACAUGCUCAUGGUCGGGAACGGCGUGUACUCCGUCCCGGAGGAGGAGACGCACUUCUCGCUGUGGGCGAUUCUGAAGAGCCCGCUGAUUAUUGGGUCCGCGCUGAAGGACGCCACCACGGAGAUUAACUCCGAGUCGCUGCGGAUUCUGAAGCAGAAGGCCGUUAUCGGGUAUAACCAGGACAAGCUCGGGGUUAGCGCGAGCCUGCGCCGGCGGUGGACGGACCAGGGGUAUGAGGUAUGGAGUGGGCCGUUGUCGAAUGGGAGGACGGUGGCUGCUGUGAUUAACUGGAGGGGCGAGGCCAGGGAUCUUACGCUGGAUCUGCCAGAUAUUGGGCUGCAGUCUGCGGGUCUUGUCAAGAAUAUCUGGGCUGGGUCGACGAGCAGGAAUGUGCAGACGUCGUACACGGCGAGGGUGGAGGGCCAUGGCACCAUGCUGCUCGAGUUGCGGGAUACUGUGCCGGCUGGCGUGUAUCCAAAGAAGAUCUUUGGCUCUUCUCGCGGACAAGGAACAGUCUUCAAAUCGGUCUACGCAGGGUCUACCAGCGAGAACUAUACCCUCGCCAUCAACUUCGCCAAGACCAUCCCAUCUGCCAGCAAAAUCACCGUCCAGGUGGGCGCCAACCGCCAGAAGCUAUCCAUUGCAGUGCCCCCCUCUCGCCAGCAGGUAACCGCAACCAUCCCCCUCGUCGCCGGAUCAAACAACACCAUCACAAUCUCGCACUCCCACCCCAUCACCGCAAUCCAAGUCACCUCCCCGAACGGAACCUACUACCCAGCAACGCAAUUCAGCCUGACCGGAGCCGCAAGACACGAAACCUGCGGCGAAGGAUUCUGCCAACCCGUCGGGUCGAAGGUCAGCUACCUCAGUCCCAACAGCACGGCCCGCGGCGUGAUCCCCGCAUCAGCUGGCACCAAGUACGUCGAGAUCGACUACAUCAAUAACGAGGUGGCGUUCUCCUCGUCCUGGGGGUGGGGCGCCAACUCGCGCAAUCUCACCAUCUCUCUCAACGGCGGGGAGCCUGUUCGGCUGGAGGUCCCGCUCAGCGGUCGACACAGUGAGCUGUUUGGGCCUGGAAAGGGGUGGUGGGAUACUGCGACCCUGGGUGUGUCGGUGGAUGGGUGGAAGGAAGGUGACAACGAGGUUGUCGUGGGCAACGUGAAUGGAGAGAAGGGGUUCCAGCCAUAUGCAGCGGACUUUGUGGGUUUGAGAGUUUUUGAUUGA